UGUUCCUUUCCCUUGAGCACCCCUCCGCUAUGCUCUUCAUUGCCGCCUUAUCCCUGGUUUUUUCCUCAUCAGUUUCAGACGAUUCCUCAUUACCAAGAUUUGCUGAGCCUGUACUGAACGUCACUGUCAUCCAAGGGAAAGAUGCAUUGAUGGCGUGCGUUGUAGAAAACCUUCAAAAGUACAAGGUGGCGUGGGUUAAAGUUAAAACGCAAACCAUUCUAUCAAUCCAUCAUGAUGUUAUCACACAAAACGAACGAAUACACAUAUCAUAUAACGACCAUCGCUCAUGGUACCUGCACAUUCGAAACGUCAACGAGGCUGACAGAGGAUGGUACAUGUGCCAGAUAAACACAACACCAAUGCUUAAUCAAAAAGGAUUUCUUCAAGUUGUUGUUUCCCCACGGAUCAUAGCUGAGGAAUCCAGUGCAGGAGACAUCAUCACGAGAGAAAAAACAGACGUGAUACUGAAAUGCCGUGCUGGAGGCUACCCGGAGCCUUACAUAAUGUGGAGGCGAGAAGACGGUAAAGACAUCAAUUACAACGGUGUCAUGGUGAAUGUUGUCGAUGGAGAAGAUCUGCAUCUAAUUAAAGUUUCGAGAUUACACAUGGGUGUGUAUUUAUGUAUAGCAGCCAAUGGUGUUCCGCCUCCGGUGAAUAGGAGAGUUUCUUUAACAGUUCAUUUUCCUCCUAUGUUAACGAUUCCUUACCAGCUUGAGGCUGCUUACCUAGGUAAAACUGUGACACUUGAGUGCCUAACUGAAGCCUUCCCUCCGUCUCUAAACUACUGGACAACCGAGAGGGGUGAUAUGAUUUUAUCGGGUGAUGGGUUUGAGGAUAACAGAACGCAAACUGAGUACGCAUGUCACAUGAAGCUCACAAUCCUCCAUGUCACGGCUGCUCACUAUGGAAACUAUAGAUGUGUUGCCGUAAACGCCCUUGGCGAAACCGAUGGAGUUAUCAAGCUAUAUGAAAUAGAUUCUCCAAAAGAGGCUGUGGCCGUAUUCACAAUGGAUGAACAUCACGAUAGUCAUAAAAAUGAUAAAUACCGUUCUACCACAAAUAAUAGAAUAUCCGAUAGCUUCAAUUAUGAAGAUUAUUACCUGUGGCAAUCUCAAGGUGGUAAAAAUCAAAGCAAAUCAAAGGAGGACUCCAAAAAAGCAAAUGGAGCUGCGUGUACGGUUCCACACUUUUGUUACCUCCCGCUACUCUAUUCAAUACUCCGAUUUGUAUUUAGCUAUGUUUUCACUAUAAAAUAAAUAUUUUUGUAAAAUG